UUCAGGUUGAAAAUGGCGGAAAAUGUAGAUCUAGACGAUCAAGACGAUCUAGACGAUCAAGACGAUCUAGACGAUCUAGUUCUCAGUUCUAGACGCAGUAGAGAACAGAUUAAACUCCAGACCACAGAGGCUUUGACUGAUGAUGAACGAGUAUUAAAGCUUAUAAUGAUUGAUAUUCUCAACCUGAGGAAUGGAAUGGAAGAUAACCUACUCCUAAUCCAACAAAUCAACCUGAUGAUACAGAAGGAAGGAGAGGAGCAGAAGGGGUUUGAUGAUGUGAUCCAUGCUGCCCAGCAACAUAUUGACUCCAUUAACACAGUGUAUACUCUGGGGGUAUCCUGGCUUAAAAAGGAAGAUGGUUUAUCUUUGGAAUUUAUUCAAGAAAAUUGCAAGACUAGAAAAGUUGGAAAAGAAAACGAUAUAGUUGAGAUGGAUGUAUCCGAAGAUAUAGAAGAAUGCUUGAAUAUAAAAAUAGAAAUGGAAGAAAUAGAGAAUAGAUCUGACGAGUCCCUCCAACCUUUUGUUAAAAAGGAGUAUGAAGUCAAGGAAAAUUUUCAAGAUGCAGAGUUUGAUAGAAAGGUGUCGGCUGAGGAUGACAUAGAUGCAACCUCGAAUUCUGGUUCCUCCGAAAAUGUCAAUAAUGGCGGUGUAUUUUCCACAAGCUUGGAAUAUCCAUGCAACGAGUGUGAUUUUGUUGGAAGAAGUAUUAAGAGUUUAGCUGGGCAUAAUACACGGGUUCAUACUGUUAAAACAUUCUCUUGUGAUAUGUGUGAAUUCACAAGUUCCUCACUGAGAUAUAUAAAAAAGCACAAACUCCGGCAUCACCCAGGCUUAUCAAUUAAAUGUGAUUCAUGCGACUUUGUAGCUUUAUCUACAGAAGAUAUAAAAGCUCACCGAAGAAGAGUGCACACUGGGAAAAUAGUUAAUUGCGAACAUUGUGACUUUAAAUGUAAGUCGACGCAUCUACUGGACGCGCACAUGCAGCGUGCACAUGUAGGACUCAAGUUUGUGUGCGAGCAGUGUGGCCAUGAAACUAAUACUGCUGCCAAUCUUAGGAUGCACAAACGUGUGAAGCAUGAAGGUUAUAGGUUCCCUUGUACUGAAUGUGAUUACAAAGCUCUGUCAAGAAGUGGGUUAAGCUCACACAACAAAAAUAAACAUAAAGGUGUAAGAUAUUUCUGCGACAAAUGUGAACAAGUAUUUACUGAGGGAAGUAAUUUAAGACGACAUAUUAAAACAGUGCAUGAGGGGGUUCGUUACCAAUGUGAUCUUUGUGGGUUUUCCUCCUCUCAACCUCAUCAACUAAAAGAACACAUGGAUGGAAAGCACAAUGGAGUACAGUUUACAUGUAAUAAAUGUGAAUAUGUUACGUCUGUCGCGACUGACUUAAAAAAACACAAACAAUCAACUCACGGCGAAGAGCCUGACGCCACAUGGUUUAAAUGCGAUGAAUGCGAUUACGUCACAGGGCUUAGGAAAAGCAUGAACGUGCAUAAAAAACAGGUUCAUGGGGACGAGUCUCAUCCAUGUGAUCUAUGCGAUUAUGUUGCAAAGAUUGCGCAAGACUUGAGCAAGCACCAAAGUGCAAAACACCAGGGGAAAACAUACAAAUGUGAAGAUUGUGAUUAUAUCACUCACAUGAAAGGAAGUUUAACCCAACACAAAGAAAGACAUUUAGAGCCAAUGCAUGCCUGCGAUGAAUGUCCUUGGGUGGGAAAGCGUGUAUUUGAUUUGAGAAUUCAUAAAAGAGGAAAACACGAAGGAAUCCGUUUUCCGUGUGAUGAAUGCGAAUACUCUGCGCUGGAUAAAGCUCAUCUCAGAACGCACAAAGAGGCCGUUCACCUGGGUAUUAAAUACCCCUGUGAUAUCUGUGGAUUUGCUGCGUCCAACAAGGGAAACUUAAAGCAGCACAUUGAAAGUAAACAUGACGAUACCAGGUAUGCCUGUGAUCAGUGCCAAUACUCAGCAACAACCCAGAUUGGAUUGAGGAAACAUUUAAAGAGCAAACAUUCGCGUUAACGUAACAUACAGUUUACAGGUUCUUCGGUAUUCCCUACUACCAGACCAUGUUGUAAAUAUUGAUGUUUUAUUAGGGUUUUAGAUGUAAUCCUCUCCUUAAAAUCAAUUAAUUUCCCCCAAUUGAGCAAAUCAUCCCCCUCCCUCCCAUAUAAAAACUACAUAAUAUCUGGGGGGAAAUUUUCAUGAGGGGGGGGGGGUGGAAAAUAUAAACCCCUGAACGCAGCAGUUGCCAUUCGCAGAUACACUGCUGAACAAUAUCUUUUUCCGAAUUUCAGAUAAAUUUAGACUUGUAGUUAAAUGAACUUUAUAGUUUUUACCGGUCGUAACGAUAAAUCUUUCUUUUCGUAAAUUCUCUCUUCUUGGCAAAAAAAUGAUUUUCAAAUUUAAGUAGAAAAAACAAUAAUAUGAAUUUAGUAGAAUACGUAUUGUUUAAACUGUGUAUAGUACAAUGCUCCAUGAGGUUUCUAAAAUCCAAUUUUUCUUAAUUUUUCAC